AUGUGCCGGGAGCAGCCGCCGCCGCCGCCGCCGCCGCCCGCCGCUCCCCCUCACGGGCCGCCGCCGCCGCCGCCGUUCCUGCCGGGGAAGGGCGGCCUGCAGAUCCGGAAGAAUGCCAUCACGGACGACUACAAGGUCACCACGCAAGUGCUGGGGCUCGGCAUCAACGGGAAAGUUUUGGAGAUCUUCAGUAAGAAGAGCGGCGAGAAGUUCGCGCUCAAGAUGCUGCAGGACUGCCCCAAGGCCCGCAGGGAAGUGGAGCUGCACUGGCGGGCGUCGCAGUGCGCGCACAUCGUGCGCAUCAUGGACGUCUACGAGAACCUCUACCAGGGGAGGAAGUGUCUGCUCAUCGUCAUGGAGUGCCUGGAUGGUGGGGAGCUCUUCAGCCGCAUUCAAGACAGGGGAGACCAGGCCUUCACAGAACGGGAGGCUUCAGAGAUCAUGAAGAGCAUUGGGGAAGCCAUCCAGUACCUGCACUCGAUCAACAUCGCGCACCGGGACGUGAAGCCUGAAAACCUGUUGUACACCUCCAAAAGGCCCAAUGCUGUGCUAAAACUCACAGACUUUGGCUUUGCUAAAGAAACCACCACGCACAACUCCUUGGCCACUCCGUGCUACACGCCGUACUACGUGGCCCCGGAGGUGCUGGGCCCAGAGAAGUAUGACAAGUCCUGUGACAUGUGGUCCCUCGGUGUCAUCAUGUACAUUCUGCUGUGUGGGUACCCCCCCUUCUACUCCAACCACGGCCUGGCCAUCUCUCCUGGCAUGAAGAAGCGAAUCCGAAUGGGCCAGUACGAGUUUCCCAAUCCUGAAUGGUCCGAGGUGUCAGAGGAAGUGAAGCAGCUGAUCCGCAACCUGCUGAAGACAGACCCAACCCAGCGCAUGACGAUAACGGAGUUCAUGAACCACCCCUGGAUCAUGCAAUCCAUGCAGGUGCCCCAGACCCCGCUGCACACCAGCCGGGUGCUGAAAGAGGAGAAGGAUCUGUGGGAGGAUGUGAAGGAGGAGAUGACAAGCGCUCUGGCCACCAUGAGAGUGGACUACGAACAAAUCAAGAUCAAGAAAAUCGAAGAUUCCUCGAACCCUUUGCUGAUGAAGAGGAGGAAGAAAGCCAACCCCACCGAGCCCGCCGCGCUCCCCCACUGAGGGUGCCCCGCGCCCGCCGGCCCCCGAGAAAGCAAUAACUAUAUAUAUUAUAUAUUUUUUAAGGAAAAAAAAAAAAAAAAAAGACGAGACGGACUGUUGUACCGAGCGCAUGGAAUUCAGACAUUUAUACCAGACUAGUUAUUUUUAGCUACUCACCUGUGUUUCUGACCUUUCUGGAGCAGGUGGUAAGAUCCCCAUCAGAUCCACACCUGCGGCCCCCCCGGGAUUUUGUCCUGUAGGUGAACGCCGCCGAUAAUUGGAUUUUUAUUUUUGUUCUGUGAGACGAUUUUGAUUUAUAUUUCUUUUUUUUUUUUUCCUUUCUUCCUUCCUUCCAAAGACACGGAAAACUCCUGUGGUGACCUUUUUAGGGUAUAUAACGUAUAAAUAUUUUU